UCCCCUCUCCCCUUCUCCAAUGGCUCUCGUCACCACCCCGUCCCCUCUCUCCUCCACGCCCCUCCUCCGCCAUGCCUCCUCCCGCCACCGCCGCCGCCUCCCCCUCCCCGCUGCCAGGCCCAUCUCGGCCGUCCACGCGACGGACCCGCCUCCUCUCUCUUCGUCCUCGGCCGCCACCGCGAAAUGGAACAUCGAGAGCUGGAAGAACAAGAACGCCCUCCAGCUCCCCGAGUACCCGGACCCGGACGCGCUCGGGUCCGUGCUCCGGACCCUCGAGUCGUUCCCGCCCAUCGUGUUCGCCGGGGAGGCGCGGAGCCUGGAGGAGAGGCUCGGCCAGGCCGCCAUAGGCAACGCCUUCUUGCUCCAGGGCGGCGACUGCGCCGAGAGCUUCAAGGAGUUCAACGCCAACAACAUCCGCGACACCUUCCGGGUGAUCCUCCAGAUGAGCGUCGUGCUCAUGUUCGGCGGCCAGAUGCCCGUUAUUAAGGUCGGGAGAAUGGCCGGACAAUUUGCAAAGCCCAGAUCUGAAUCAUUUGAAGAGAAAGAUGGAGUGAAGCUGCCUAGUUACAGAGGAGACAACAUAAAUGGCGAUGCAUUUGAUGAAGCAUCUAGAAUCCCAGAUCCCCAGAGAAUGAUUCGGGCCUACACUCAGUCUGUGGCUACGUUGAACCUUCUGAGGGCUUUUGCAACUGGAGGAUAUGCGGCCAUGCAGCGAGUCACACACUGGAAUUUGGAUUUCACAGAGCAUAGCGAGCAAGGUGACAGAUAUCGUGAACUGGCUCAUAGGGUGGACGAAGCCCUAGGUUUCAUGGCCACUGCUGGUCUCACAGUUGAUCACCCAAUAAUGACUACAACUGAAUUCUGGACUUCCCAUGAGUGCUUGCUUUUGCCCUAUGAGCAAGCUCUAACCAGGGAGGACUCAACUUCUGGACUUUACUAUGACUGCUCUGCCCAUAUGCUUUGGGUUGGGGAACGUACCCGUCAACUCGAUGGUGCUCAUGUUGAGUUCCUGCGAGGUGUCUCUAAUCCCCUUGGUAUUAAGGCGAGUGACAAGAUGGACCCAAAUGAGCUUGUUAGGCUCAUUGACAUUCUGAACCCUAGGAAUAAGCCUGGAAGGAUAACUGUGAUUGUGAGAAUGGGAGCGGAGAACAUGAGAGUCAAGCUUCCUCAUCUGAUAAGAGCAGUUCGCCAAGCUGGUCAAAUUGUCACUUGGGUUAGUGAUCCGAUGCAUGGAAACACCAUCAAAGCUCCUUGUGGACUAAAGACUCGGUCUUUCGAUGCAAUUAGGGCCGAGGUAAGAGCGUUUUUCGACGUGCAUGAUCAAGAAGGAAGUUACCCCGGUGGAGUUCACCUCGAGAUGACGGGGCAAAACGUUACAGAGUGUGUGGGAGGCUCCCGCACCGUAACUUACAACGACCUCAGCUCGCGUUACCACACCCACUGUGACCCGAGGCUUAAUGCUUCCCAAUCGCUGGAGCUCGCGUUCAUCAUCGCCGAGCGGUUAAGGAAAAGACGGCUCGGACCUCGGAACCCUCUGUCUUCUUUCCGGCUCUAGGAUUCUCUCAUCGAAUCCCGCUGGCGAAUCCAACUUGGUUUCGCGCUCCUUUCCAGUUGCAGAUGCAGAAUCUAGUAGGUGGUGCGUCAAAGGAUGCUGAGUUAGUAUUGAAAUGUGAACAUGACUAUAUCAAGAUAUGUAUAUCUAUACGUAGAGACUUUUUGGCCUAUUUCAACAUCAUGACGACUACUCAGGAUAUCAUUUUGUGUGCUAUGUUUACAGGGGCUUGGAUAUUGUAUUUUCUUUUUCUCAUAGAGGCAGAGUGCAGCCACGUGUGAAUAUUUGCCUCAUAAA